CACAGAAAAAGACGGAGUGGAAGUAUUUUUUUCCACCUCCCAGAACUUAACGCACAACUCGCCAGCAUUACUCAGGAAAGACUGCACUUCCUCUCACCUUGACUUCUAGUUUAAUUCAAAGGUUUCGAAGACAGAGCUUUGAGUUGUUCUUCGACCUUUCCAAAGAGAACCAAAGGUUGAGCACCAUGUCCAUCCUGAAGAUUCAUGCCCGGGAGAUCUUUGAUUCUCGUGGCAACCCUACUGUGGAGGUGGACCUCUACACUGACAAAGGUCUGUUCAGAGCAGCUGUACCCAGUGGCGCUUCCACUGGUAUCUAUGAAGCCCUGGAGCUCAGGGACAAUGACAAGUCAUGCUACCUUGGGAAAGGUGUCUCACAAGCCGUGGACCACAUUAACUCUGCACUUGCACCUGCAAUCGUUGGUCAGGAUGUGUCUGUGGUUGAGCAGGAGAAAAUUGAUCAGAUCAUGCUUGACAUGGAUGGCACAGAGAACAAGUCCAAGUUUUGUGCCAACGCCAUCCUGGGUAUUUCCCUGGCGGUGUCUAAGGCUGGCGCAGCAGAGAAAGGUGUCCCCUCGUACCGUCACAUCGCUGAUCUUCCUGGGAACCCCGAGGUCAUCCUGCCUGUGCCAUGGUGUCCAUUGAGGACCCCUUUGACCAGGAUGACUGGGAGGCGUGGUCCAACUUCACUGGCAGCACGGAGAUCCAGGUGGUGGGUGAUGACCUCACAGUGACCAAUGCCUGCAACUGCCUGUUGCUUAAAGUCAACCAGAUCGGCUCUGACGGAGUCUCUGGCCGCGUGCAAGAUGGCCCGGUCCAGUGGUUGGGGAGUGAUGGUCGGCCAUCGCUCUGGGGAGACUGAGGACACCUUCAUUGCUGAUCUGGUGGUGGGCCUGUGCACUGGACAGACUGGGGCUCCUUGCUGCUCUAAGCGUCUGGCCAAGUACAACCAGAUUCUCAGAACUGAAGAGGAAUUGGGAGACAAGGCUGUCUUUGCUGGGAAGAACUUCAGGAACCCGCUGGCUUAACUGAGUGCAAUGGGCGCAUACUCAUUGGCAUAUAGGCACACACUUGCACAUAACAGUUUAGCAAACAUUCCAAAGAUUACUUGCAAAUGCUGAAGAAGCUUACGGAACAAACUGAGUUACACACGCGUCAAGGCAGCUAGAAAGGUAUAUGAAGUGACACUCCAUGACCAUAGGUUUUGGUUACAUGCAUACAUUACCUACCCUAGUCUACAUGUAUUCUGCUGCCCUAGAAUCACAAGGUGUCUGUGUAGACUAGUUACUUACAAUUCUGGCACUUUGUUGGGGGGGGGGGGGGGGGGUCGGCACAUUUGGAUUAGUUGCUAUUCUUACUAUAUAAAUAUAGAGCAAAAUAACCAAUGUUUUGGGAAAGUAUAAAGGUAGUUGAAUACACUAAUUCGUUUGGAACUGAACCAUUUCCCUGUGGUCAUUACUCUUUUGCAAGAUGUGUACAUGUUUUGAUUGUCAAGCAUAUGUAUUAUAAGGGUGACCGGUGUGACUAUUCUGCCAUUGUUCUAUAAUGUAUUAUUAAAAUAUGUAUUCCUGGAAUAUUAGUCUGGGCUGGAUAAUGUAUCCAGGUGUGAACCUGUUCAGUAUUCUCGCGCUCUACAGUUUUCCUGGCGCUCUGAAUAAUGUCUGCGUUCGAAGCGGUUCUAUAUUUUGGUAUCGAUGCUCUCUGGGGCAUGGCUCUGUAGACACUACAGUAGAUUAUCCUAUUAGCGACCGCGGCACAUGCUCCGUUAUAUCUACGGAGAGCGGAACUUUUAAUGCUGAGCGUGGGGCUGAGGUCACUGCACAAUUUAGUGCUAGGGAGAAAAAAAUCGUCUCUUAGCCUCCAUUUUGAGUAGUAUGGAAUAGCAUAGUUUGUAUCGACCACUACGCUGGCAGUGUCAACCUAAAAACGACACUAAGAGCCUCCGACAUGGACGACCUGUUCAGUCCGAGAAGGAGCCUGAACAGCACGCAGGGGGAGAUCAGAGUGGGAUCAAGUCAUCAGGCUAAGCUCCCUGAGCUGCAACCACGCCCUGUGUUUGGUGUUCAGACUCAGACAGAGAAUGAAGAGCUGGUGUGGAUGCCAGGGGUCAAUGAUUGUGACCUCCUCAUGUACCUCAGAGCUGCCAGGAGCAUGGCAGCGUUUGCAGGGAUGUGUGACGGAGGAUCCACAGAGGACGGGUGUUUGGCGGCCUCUCGUGACGACACCACACUCAACGCCUUAAACAUGUUACACGCCAGCUGUUACGACGCAGCUAAAGCUCUCCAGCGCCUAGUGAAGAAACCUGUGCCCAAACUCAUUGAGAAAUGUUGGUCAGAAGAUGAUGUGAAGCGGUUCAUCAAAGGUUUGAGACAGUACGGCAAGAAUUUCUUCAGGAUUCGCAAAGAGCUGCUGCCCAACAAGAAAACGGGGGAGUUGAUCACAUUCUACUAUCACUGGAAGAAGACGCCUGAGGCUACAGGCACGCGGCCGUACCGUCAGCACCGUAGACAGCCGUCCUCACGCAAGGCCAAGACUCGCGCCACCGCUGCCACUGUGAACACCCCUUCCCAGUCCCAAUCCAUGGACAUAAGUUCAGCCAGUGAGGAUGACCUGGACAGUGAAGACAGCGAGCAAGGCACCUGUGGACACUGUGCCACAACCACCUCUAAGGACUGGCAGCACGGAGGCCGGGAUAACAUCCUCCUGUGUACCACCUGUCGUACCUACUACAACAAACAUGGCCGCCUGCCGCCUGGCCCUAAGCCUGCUGACCCUCCCUUCAUGUUCAAACCUGUCAAAGAGGAAGAGGAGGGCAACGGGAAGCACGGCAUGAGGACGCGACGCAGCAGAACACCGUUGUCUUCAUUAAGAAGUGGCCACAAGAGGCUGACCGGCUCUCCUACCAGUGAAGACCAGCAGUCCAGUAGCCAUCCCUCUCCCGCCCCCAGUGGAGCUAGCUCCACCUCCAACGCAUCCAGAACCUCCUGUUUAGAGAAGACUGAUAACACAAAGAAGCCUGGCAAGAAGAUAAAGGAAGAGGCGCCCCUACCAAAGAGUACUAAACGUUCCAGGGAGAGUGCAGCCCAGGACCCAGAGGAGCCUGAGAGAACACCAACUAAAAGGACGAAGAUACUGCAGGUCAGACAGAGUGGUGAACAGGCAGAGUGCCGGUCGGAGGGCGAUGGAGAGGCUGAGGCAGAGAGGGGUGAGGUGGAGGAGGAGAGCUGCUCAGACAACCGCAGUGCCCAGGACGACGGCAGCAGCGACACCAAAGACAUCGACCAGGACAACCGCUCCUCCUCCCCCAGCAUCCCCAGCCCUCGCCAGGGCAACGAGAGUGACUCUGACUCCUCUGCCCAGCAGCUCCAGGGUGCCCACCAGGCUGCAGCAGAGACCGUCAGUGCCCCUGCUGCUGCCCUUGCUGAAACACAGACCCCACAGAUUGUUCCUCCACCACGGGUUGCAGGCUCAAACACAUCCCUGCCUCCCCAGGGUACCUCUCCCUCUGCAGAGCCUGGCCAGGUACAGGCCCAGGCAACCCUCUCCCCAGAGCCUCUCCAGCCUUCAGCCACCUCUGCUCAGGCUGGUCAGUCAGUUAGCUACCAGACAAGUCCCACACACAACCGACCCCUACCCCCCUCUCACCCUCUCGCUGGCCCCUCACCUGUCCCUCCUCCGCUGGGACAGGCCUUCCAUGCUCCAACUCCUGUAUUCCAGGGUCCUCUUCCUUCUCCUGGCUCUUUGCCUCCCACCCAGCCCCUGUCCCUCCAUGGUGCUCCGACCCAGUGCCCCCACCCCCAGCGACCCCCUCCUCACUUUCCCAGGGAACCUUCCUUCCCCCAGGCCCUCCCCCUCACCUCCGGGCCCCAAUUCAAACCACCCCCAACCACACCCAUCCCUCCAUCUCACAAGCAGCCACCACACCUCUCUUCUUCCCUUGCUCCCCCUUUCCCGCAGAUGCCGUCCAACCUGCCCCCUCCUCCAGCACUGAAGCCCCUCAACUCCCUGCCCAACCAGCACCCUCCCGGUGCCCCUCCACCCCCCCUCCAGCUCAUGCCCCAAUCCCUGCCCAUGCAGCAGGGAGUCCCACCCCAGCCUCCCGUGCUCACGCAGCUGCAGAACCUCCCUGGCAGAGGCAGCCACUCCCACCCCCACUCCUCCCUGCCCUCCUGCUCUGCCCCCUCAGCCUUGCACCCUGUCCUCUCUGCCUCUUCUCCCGCUACCAUGGGUCCAGUCCCUAGUCUCCAGCCCUCCUUCCCCUCCCUACGCCCCUCGCCCGAAAACCCCAUUGGCAUUGGAGGGUCACAUGUCCAGAUUAAAGAGGAGCCAUUGGAUGAAUGUGAGGAGCUUGAGAGUCCGCCCCCUCCACCAAGAAGUCCCUCACCGGAACCUUUGGUUGUCAACAUCGCCAGUCACGCCAGCCAAUCAGCACGAUUUUUCAAACACCUGGACCGUGGCUACAACUCGUGCUCCAGAACAGACCUGUUCUUCACUCCCCUGGCCUCAUCCAAGCUGGCCAAGAAGAGAGAGGAGGCUGUGGAGAGAUCCAAGAGAGAGGCUGAGCACAAUGCCCGAGAAAGGGAGAAGGACAGAGAGAGGGAGAGGGAACGAGAGAGGCAGGAAGACAAAAAUGCUAGAGCUUCCAGCUCGUCCCACGACAGCCGUAUGAGUGAUGUCCAAAUGUCCGGCCAGGUCCACAUGCGCUCCUCCUUCGAGCAGCCCCCCACCAGUGUGGCCGCUGUGCCCCCUUACAUCGGCCCCGAUACCCCUGCCCUGCGCACCCUCAGUGAGUACGCCCGACCCCACGUCAUGUCCCCCAACAAUCGCAACCACCCCUUCUUCGUGUCCCUGUCCCCCGGGGACCCUCUGCUGGCAUACCACAUGCCCGGCCUGUAUGCCGCCGAGCCCAGCCUGAGAGAGAGGGAGCUCCGUAACCUCCGGGAGAGGGAGCUCCGCGAGAGGAUGAAGCCUGGCUUCGAGGUCAAGCCCCCAGAGAUGGAGACCAUGCAUCCAUCAGCCAACCCCAUGGAGCACUUUGCCAGACAUGGAGCCCUGGCCCUGCCGCAUAUCGCUGGGCCGCCCCACCACCCCUUUGGCCACUUCCACCCGGUCAUGCAGAACCACCUGGAGAGGGAGAGGCAGGCACUGGCCCUGGCCGGGCCCCAAAUGCGUCCAGAGCUUAGCUACGCUGAGCGACUGACUGCUGAGAGGCUCCAUGCUGAGAGGAUGGCAUCUGUGGCUAACGACCCGGCCGCCAGGCUGCAGAUGCUCAACGUCACACCGCAUCACCACCAGCACUCCCACAUCCACUCACACCUGCACCUACAUCAGCAGGACCCACUCAACCAAGGUGAGGAUGUGUGUUACUGUCACCCAGGUAAUGGGCCCCACCCUCUGGAUCCCCUGGCUCCUGGGCCCCGUCUGGCCCGCUUCCCCUUCCCCGGAGGCCCCAUCCCCAACCCUCUGCUCAACGACCUGCCCCACGACCAUGACAUGUUACGACACCCACUGUUUGCCUAUGCCGCUGUUGCAGGAGCAGGGUACCCCCGUGAGCUCCAGGGGCCCAUCCCCCAGAUGUCUGCAGCCCACCAGCUCCAGGCCAUGCACGCCCAGUCAGCAGAGUUGCAGAGGCUGGCCAUGGAGCAGCAGUGGCUACAUGGACACCACCACCUACAACACGGGGGGCCUCUGCCCGGACAGGAGGAUUACUACAGGUGAGCCGUCUGAAGAAAGAAGGUGACAAGCCAUCGUGAGACACCUGACGAUGUGAGUGACCAUGGAAAUGCAUAAAGAGAUAAUGCUGUGUAAUGCUGUGUACUUUUGAAAUACAUUGUGACAACUGAUCUUUUUUCAUUAGUUUAAAUGUAAUCGAGAGUUAAGAAUCUUUGUGGCUCAUAAUAAUUGUUUCUUGCUCAGCACUUAAAGGGAUAGUUUACUCCCAAAUCAUCGAAAGUUUGUGAGAAUAUUUCAUAUCUCAAUAAUGGUCUGUUAUAAAGAUUAACAUAGUUUCUGUUCCAUGCCAUUUUUUGUCUAUAGAUGUUACACAUUUUUCCACUUAAUAUGGAUUUCAUAGCUUUUAGAUUUCUCCUAAUGCAAUAUAGCGGGCAGGAUCUACACAAUAGAUGGUGUGGAAUAUAGCUCACCUUUGAAGUUAUGAAAACAUCUGACAAACUUUGAUUAGGGGGUGACUAUCCUUUUAUUUUCUAAACAGUCUGACUGAUCUCCUUGUACAGAAUGACAUUUAAUAUUAUAUGUUUGGAUGAUUGACUGUAAUAACCUUGCAUGACUGUUUCCCUUCGACUUUCAUCAGAACUUAGAGUAGCGUUGCUAAUGUGUGAUUAGACAACAAAAAAAGCAUAGUAGAUACAUUUUAUUCUAUAUCUGCAAAAUAUUUGUCUAAACCCUAAAGUUUGAUAUAUUUCAAGAUGUUUUCACAAUUUAACCUGACACAUACAGUAACAUUUUUUAGAUUGUAAAUAAUACAUGUUCAAUAUUCUAUAUUAUUAACUAUGAUUAUUAUGAAUAUUAGUGAAUUCUUGACUUGCAAGCUGGCACAAUAAAGUUAAAUUAUUUAGCUAUACACACACAGAAUAUAUAGCGUUAUAAAGUAAAGUGAGUUAACACAGACAAUUAUAAAUUGGAGUAUCACUAUUGUCACCCCUGACAUAAAACGGUGUUUAGAACAGUGGAUCCAGAUAGUAAUAUUGUUUUGGUUAGACAAAACAGAAAAAGCAUUUAAACCUUGGCAUCUCUACCAUGGACAAACCCUGUUUGAAUAUUUAUGUGAAAUAAUAUGGAAAACAAAGUGUAUGCAUUGCAUAUUUAUUUGAAUAAAUAACUCUGCAAUAACAUGA